CACAGCCCUCUUCUGUACGCGUCGUAUUCUUUUUAAUCUAACGCCCGGGUUUACACCUACAUCGGUAACAAGUCAAAAUGCCUGGCGGUCGUGCAGGGUCCCGGUCCCCGAAGAAGAAGGCGAAGGGGAACGACAAAAUGAACAAUGACACAUUUCUUGAGGACGUCUACGAACGAACGUCCAUCAUGGACUGCGACAGUCCUCUGAUGAGCAAGCUCCAAAAAAGGACUGCGAUUCUCUCCUUGGGGAUGAAGAAGGGAGGAUCUGCUCAGUCUACGGUCAACAGCAUCAUCGAAGGCCGUGAAGCUCUUGCCAAAGACCUCAUAACCCAUUGCAGAAAUAAGUGCCGUAUUGAAGUUUACUACAACUUUUUUGCGAGGAUUUCUCUUGUCUGCUCAGUAGUUAACCUUUAUGGCUAAAUGUAAAUGUAGCUGUAGCUCAUAUUUCUGCAAGGCUGUGCUCGUGGCCGGUAUCCAACUACGCUUGUAGAGUAUAACGGCUUAAGAGGGCUGUUCAACAUCGCCCUCCAAGAUAGCAUAUACCUUUCUGCGUGGCCAUCAUUUAUCCCUCUAUUCUAAUCUAUCGAAAAAAUGUAUUUCUCAUUAGCUGAAAGCACUCCCUCAUGUACAAUAUAAAAGCUCUCAGAUAGAAUGAAAAGAGUACCGCUUCGAGUACAACUCGGCAAAAAAAAAAAGAUACCAGGUCAAUCUCAAACAACAUCUUGGUAAGCCAUACAUUUUUUAUGUGUUGUAAGUAUAUCUUUUCUUACUUUUCAGCGAUCUCGAGAAAAAUUUGCUCCAAGCCGUACUGUGACGAUUUUUUUGCAGAAUUGAAACUGAAGGCGAAAUUCUUGAAGACGCGAGCCGCCUGGGUCUACCUGAGUGUAUACUUACAUUCUGUCCUCGAUGUUAUUUUGAUCUUCUAUGUUUGAUGUCACAAAUAGGAUCACUUUUUCCUCCACGAAUAGUGUUGAUUUUUGCCUUGAAUAUCAUCACAGAGCACAUGGCGCCGACGCCUUAAAGCACGCGAAAAAACUCCGAAAUUGAAGUAUACUUUCGUCAAAGAGGCUUUGCAGGCUUCGAAGAGGCAAAAUCUAUUAGCCGAAUACUCUUACGUCCGACAAGCUUGGGCGAAAAUCUGCUGCUUUGUCAUCAUGACCCUACUGCGACACCUGGUUGUCAAGACAUUGGCAAAAAUGGCUGCGGUAUUCAAUGAUAUACCUGGCUUGCGAAGAUAGGGCGGCUUGUUUACUUAGUUUUGGUUCUGACGAUGGCCGUGAGUAACUCAAGCAAGUUUUAUCACAGUACAGCCUUUAUUUUUGCAAGUGAUCUUUUACAAUUUUAAAUCUCCACCUCAAGCUAUCUUGUCCAACAAUCUCCCACCACUACCUCCAUAUGUAUGCCCUCAACUAUGUUCUAGGUCAUCAAGGGAUACACGUUAAUGGUGGAGCAUUCGUAUCCGGUGUGGACGUGGAAGAUUUUCCUGUCUAGUUUGAAUCUCACCCCGCUACCUGGAGAAAAAUCAGGUGCGGGAAAGCUGUG